GCGACGUCCAUAACCUGCGUGAUCUUUACCACUAACAGUCGACAACAUCACCAUCGGCUUUCUGCAACUUUGCGGAGUUUCGUCGCUCGCGACUCGGUGCUCUUUCGAUCGAAUUGGAGUUGAUCCAAAACUCCUUCUUCGGCCUUUUGUGAAGGGAGAUAAGUCCGAAACUUGUUCACCAACCUGUUGAAUUUAGCUGCGGCUUUGACGAACAAUAAGGUCCGUAUCAUGCGUGUGCCGGUUUACUUGGUAUGCGCUGCUUUGGUUGUUGUUGUAAGAAGUGAAGAGCGUACGAAUUACUACGGAGGAAGAUAUUUGGAGCCCGUUGAUGUAGCUGCUGACCAAGAAACCGUCAGUUAUCUCUUACCAAAAUUGGCCGCAAAAUACAGACCUAACAGUGAAUGGAGCGGAGUCACUGAUCCCAGAUUUUACGUUUUGACUGAAAUGGAAUCGCAGGACAUCGAAAAUCAGAAUAAAUUGAGCCCCGAAUCCCGAAGCAAAAGAGCAGGUGCUUUGGGCGAGUCCGGAGCUUCUCUCUCGAUUGUGAAUUCGUUGGACGUUCUUCGCAACAGACUAUUAUUGGAAAUUGCAAGAAAGAAGGCCAAAGAAGGGGCUAACAGAAACCGACAAAUCUUACUCUCAUUAGGAAAAAGGGCAUUUCUCCAAUCACGAGCUUCCGGAACUUACGACAAUAAUGUAUAAAUCAAGCGAAGAAUUCAUCGAAUUAAAUAAGUGUCGGUGAAAUCUUCAAUACCUAUUGCUUUGUUCUUUCUUUAAUUUAGUUCGAAUUGGAGAAAUCAAAAAGUAGAGCAAUGCCAGUCUGAUAAAGUAGUGGCACAAGUGCCUCCAAAAUGGCCAAAACCAACACAAAUUGACUUCAUUUUAUUUCAUAACGUGGAAAAGUAAUUCAACAUCCGUGACUACGAUCUUUGUUUGUUGAGGCACUUGUGCUGUUUUAUUUAAUUUGCUUGUGAAAUGGUUCAGUUGACGCUUAUCGGCCUAUACAGUAUUAAAAAGCAUAAAUGUACCUAAAUUAAUCUACCUUCUUGAAUCUUAUAUAACAUGAUUGAAUGUUGAUAUUUUUUUAUUAAGUGAAAUAAGUGUCCACAAUGUUUGUAAGGAGAGGGUUUGAUCUGAAUGAUGUAUAUUUGUGGACCUACAACGACUAUUUGUUCACAUCUGUACUUUCUUAGUAGCUAAAUAAUUAUUAAAUGUUACGUUUAAAAAGACACAAAAUAUAUAGUAUAUUUUAUAAUGUGUUUAAGAAUUACAUUUUUAAAAUGUAGAUGUCUUCUGUUACUGAUGUGUAUCAUAUAAUGUACAAAAUAAAUGGAAUUAAAAAAUAAUAAAAAAAAUGGCGCAUUAA